AUGCAUGUAUCUGAAUCCAAAGUUAAAAUGAAGAAAUAUGUAUUCUCAUUUGCUGCAUCGGAGUUUGUAAAUUUUCGUUGGAUUGAAUUCAAGUCUUUGGCUGAAAUUGAACAACUCAAUUAUGCAGUUAGUGCAUCCAAAGAUGAUUGGUUGAGACCAUAUAUCAUAAUCGAGAUGGAAAACGAUGAAGAUGUUUUGUCUAUUAUUAAACGUAGUGUACUAAUUAAGUCUGCUUUUCAUUUGUGGUGUGAAGCAGCAACUUUAACAGAAUUAGUUGAACAAGUCGCCAAUCUUCCUGAUAAGCUGGUAGAUCCGUACCUAAAUAGUUGUGAUACUUUCAAAAUAGUCUUAAGUUCUGCACAUAAGAGGAUUAAACAAGAAGAAAAAGUACCUAUAAUAGAAACUAUCCUUGAUGCUCAUAGACGAGUCGACGCUCAAGUUUCUUUGUCAUCACCAGAUCAUCAAAUCAACAUUUUACUAGAAUAUACACCUAAAAAUCUUGGAAAAAAUACAAUUAAUUCUGGAGGUCGUUUAUGUAGACUACUAUAUGGACGGCUAAUUGGAAGUAGUAUAAGAAAAAAUAUGAUGAAUGAUUAUCGUCUGUCAGAAAGAGCUCAUUUAGGCAAUACAACAAUGAAUGUGACGUUAGCAGCAAUAAUGGCUAAUGUUGGACUGUGUCAAAAAUCAUCAUUUGUAUGGGAUCCUUUUAUUGGGACAGGAAGUACAGUCAUAGCAGCAUCGGUGUGGGGUUCAUUCGGUGGUGGUUCAGACAUAGAUUAUUCUGUACUGCAUGGAAUAGGAAUGUCACCAAAAGCUGGUCAAGAAAAACGUUGUGGUGAAACACUAAGAUCGAAUUAUGAACAAUACAAAUUAGAAUCACGUUAUUUAGAUGUUAUGGUAGCUGAUAUUGUAUCAUUACACAAAUUUCUUCGUAUUCCUCAUGGGGGUCUAUUCGAUGCGAUUAUAACUGAUCCACCAUAUGGAUUUCGUGAACGUAGCUGUAAAGUAUCCGAUCAACCAAUUGAACGUAAACCUACUCUUGUCACUAAAAAUCGACUAGCUGAAAUUAUGGGUGUCAUGCAUAUUGGUGAUGAAAAUCACAAAGAUGAAAUGGAUGCUGAUUCUUUAGUGUUAGUACCACAUGAUUUACCACAUUUCCCACAUAAAGAAAUUUAUCCAGUGAAUAAAAUUUAUCAAGAUUUAAUGAAUUUAUCAGCUUAUUUACUGCGUCCUAAUGGACGUUUAGUAUUUUGGAUACCAGUAAUACGAUCUGAAUUUAUGGGUGUUAAAUCAUUGCCUAAACAUUCUAGUUUUCGUUUGAUUGCAGCUUGUGAACAAACUUUAAAUACUCGUAAUUCAAGAUAUUUAAUAGUGAUGACCAAAUUAGAAGAAACCAGUCAACAUAUAAUCAAUAUUCAAUCUGAUGAAAAUGAUGAUUUAAUAUUUCCAGCUGUUUAUUCGAAAUGA